CAGAGCUUUCAAUCAGUAUCUCUUUAUCCCUUUCAUUCACUGUAAAUACAAUACAAAAGAGAUCACUCUGUUCUUUUAUUUUCUUCCUAUAAACAGUUCUAAAGCACUUCUUCUUCUUUUUCUUUUGGUUGGAGAUCUCGGCGGAGAUGGGGAAACGACGCUGUGUUGUGGCGGCAUUAGCAGCGAUAAUGUUGAUGAUGGAGUUGGCGGCGUUGACAGUAGCAGAAAACAGAAGAAGUAUGUUGAGUAAUGGUCUUGGAAUGACUCCUCCCAUGGGUUGGAACAGCUGGAAUCACUUUGGAUGCAAUAUUGAUGAAAAAAUGAUCAGAGAAACUGCUGAUGCUCUAGUUUCAACUGGGCUCUCCAAGCUUGGAUAUGAAUAUGUUAAUAUAGAUGAUUGCUGGGCUGAAAUUUCUCGUGAUGACAAGGGUAAUCUAGUGCCUAAGAAGUCAACAUUUCCAUCUGGAAUAAAGGCUCUCGCAGAUUAUGUUCACAAGAAGGGUCUUAAGCUUGGGAUUUACUCGGAUGCGGGGUACUUUACCUGUAGUAGGCGAAUGCCUGGUUCACUUGGUUAUGAAGAGCAGGAUGCUAAAACCUUUGCUUCUUGGGGUAUUGAUUAUUUGAAGUAUGAUAACUGCAAUAAUGAUGGCUCGAAGCCAACAAAAAGAUACCCUGUCAUGACUCGAGCUUUGAUGAAGGCUGGCCGCCCCAUCUUCUUUUCUCUGUGUGAAUGGGGAGAUAUGCACCCUGCUGAAUGGGGUGCUCCUGUAGGAAAUAGCUGGAGGACAACUAACGACAUAUCCGAUAAUUGGGAAAGUAUGAUCUCUAGAGCUGACCAGAAUGAAAUUUAUGCUGAAUAUGCAAGGCCCGGUGGUUGGAAUGAUCCGGACAUGCUCGAGGUGGGGAAUGGAGGGAUGACAAAAGAUGAAUACAUAGUACAUUUCAGCUUGUGGGCUAUUUCAAAGGCACCUCUUCUUCUUGGUUGUGAUAUAAGGAAUAUGACAAGAGAAACGAUGGAUAUCAUCACGAAUAAGGAAGUCAUUGCUGUUAACCAAGAUCCAUACGGUUUUCAAGCCAAGAAGGUUAGGAUGGAAGGCGAUCAAGAGAUUUGGUCAGCUCCACUUUCUGGUUAUAAAAUUGCCGUGGUCCUACUCAACAGGGGUCCUGUUCGUUAUUCUACAACAGCUCGUUGGGAUGACAUUGGUCUAGACCCCAAAACUGUGGUUCAAGCCAGAGACCUUUGGGAGCACAAAACACUGAAGACAACAUUUGUGGGCAAUUUGACAGCAACAUUGAGACCGCAUUCAUGCAAACUGUAUGUAUUGAAGCCAAUUGCUUAAAACCAUCAUGUUUUUAGGCUUUUUGCCACUAUUCCCUUGAAGUUGCAGUCAUCAUUUAUACCCUGUAAUUCUAGAUGUGCCAUGGAAUUGUUAUUUAUUUCUUUUUUGGAUCAGUACAUGAAUUUAGUCAUUAAUAAGAUGGAGUAAGCUAAGCUUUCCUCUUUAA